UUCGGCGGUCGCAGGAAAUCGUUGCAUUUGUAUAAAUAUGUUGCCUCCACAAACAACAGUAUACUUCGUCUGAAGAAAUACAAGCAAUAUGUUCGCCUACAUAGCUGUCGCUUGUCUAUUGGGCCUUGCCCAAGGUGCUCCUUCUGGCUAUGGAGGUCAUGGUGGCUUAGGCUAUGCUUACUCAGCGCCCAUAAUCACAGCCCCCAUCUACACAGCACCAGCGAUCUCCACAGCGAAUUUAAUCAAAGCUGCUCCCAUUCCUAUUAUCAAGACUGUAUCCGCUCCCAUCAUCACAGCCCCGAUAGCCCCCAUCAUCACAGCGCCCGUCCUUAAGACUGUCGCUGCACCAAUUAUUUCAUCUGGAUAUAGUCUAGGAGGAUACGGUCUUGGCGGAUACGGAUUGGGCGGAUACGGUCUCGGCGGCUGGGGUGGCAACUGGGGUGGACUUGGCGGCUGGGGUGGAAACGGUGGCUGGGCUGGCAACUGGGGUGGACACGGCGGCUGGGGUGGACAGUGGGGCAAACACUAAAUAACAGACGAAAUGAUGUAAUUGUGUAUCCUUUUCAUGUACCUUGGUCAAUGCACUGAAUAAAGCAUUCACAAUAUUU